GCGCCCAGAUCAGCUGUUUCUUCUCAGUAUUCUACAGUCGAUUGACGUCGACUCUUUCAUAUUUUAUUUUCUCUCACAAUUUUCAAUAAAAAUCGUUUUCAAAGUGAUUAGAAACAGCCUGAAAUGCUGGCAUCAAUUACUAAAAAGUGCACCCUCACAGCACUGAGGAACGUGAGGCAGAUUCAGCUGUCAGCGAGUCGAACAUCUGAUCAUUUGUUCGUUCACAGAGACACGGAAUACGACAAUCCGAACAUUCCCUUUGAAUUCAACGAUGCAAACAAGAAGCGAGUCGAGGCAAUACUCGCAAUAUACCCAGAGGGUCACAAGCGAGGGGCCAUGAUACCACUCCUCGAUCUCGCACAAAGGCAACACGGUUGGCUACCAAUUUCCGCAAUGCACAAAGUAGCUGAGAUACUUAACGUGGCAAAUAUGAGAGUUUAUGAGGUUGCUACUUUCUAUACAAUGUUCAACAGACGACCAAUGGGAAAAUAUCAUAUCGGUGUUUGUACCUGUACACCCUGCUGGCUGAGAGAUUCUGAUUCAAUUUUGAAGGCUGUUGAGGAUACUGCUGGCUGCAAAGUUGGUGAAACAUCGAAAGACAAGUUGUUUACAAUAUCAGAGGUUGAGUGCCUCGGUGCUUGUGCCAAUGCACCAAUGCUCCAGGUUAAUGACGACUACUACGAGGACCUGACACCAGAGACUACCAGGAACAUUAUAAAUAAAUUCAAGUCAGGUGAGAGGCCACCACCUGGACCCCAGGUCUCUACUCGUUAUGCCGCUGACCCAGCUGGAGGUCUGACCUCUCUCACAAGCCCACCACCAGCGCCCGGCGAUGGAAUACGUAGUGAUCUAUGAAUUUCCAGGGCGGAGCGAAAAAUCGGGCUGAUAGUCGGUUGAUUAUUCAAUUUAUGUCAUGAUUAAAUGUAAAUGAUUGUUCUUUUCGAAGUAAAAAUAUUGAAAUUGAA